AUGACUCUCAGCACUACCUCGUCCACCAGCGCUGUUGGUACCCUCGAGAACUUGACCACGGGCAAGUGCACCAGCCACACAUGGGAUAAUGGCCCCUCUACGCUCUGCAACUCUGGAGCCGAGUGGAUUGUUGAGCAGUUCUUCCACGGCCAAGACCAGGCAGAGUUUGUCCCGUACGGCUCCGUUACUUUUACCGAUGCCUACAUCAGCACCGACUCUGGCGCUCAGAUCACUCCCUCCACCAAGGGUAGUGAUGUCAUCACCCUCAAGAACAAUGGUGUUGUGCGCAGCACUUGCAGCACCAGCAAGAACACCCUGACCUGCAACAGCACCUAA